AGCAGUCGUCAUUCAAGUUUUCACUCUCGACCAACCGAACGCGAGAACGAAUCACCACAAAGCGAAGAAGCAACAAAGCAAAACGUAAAGCAACAGUACCAGUUGUAGUUUAAAGGGAAGCAGAACAGAACAGAAUCGAGAGUCGACCACGGAGGACGGACAUAUCUUCUAGAGUGGUGCGCGUCGUGUGAGUGGUGUUUAUUGUUGUUACAACCAAGAAAAUCGUCAUUGAUCUUUUACUAGUCACCUUCCACAGCAAGUUAUAAAAAGUGCAAUCAUAAAUAAAUACAUCUCACGCGUAGUUCCAAGUCGAAUUAGUGGCAGUUUAUUAUGCAGUUUGCUUCCGUGCAUUAUAUCGUCGCGUAAUCGGAUAUCGAGAAGUGACCUCAAAGUAAGGCGACGUCGCUUUUUCUAAGACAACAUAAGACUUAGUACGAAAAUGGCGUCGCGGCGUCGUGCACUUGAGAUGGCAUCGAGUUCUGGCCAAUCGGGGUCCCAGCGGCGGCACUGGUGAAGGACAUUGUGAUCUAUGCUUCUUGAAUGAGUAUCCGGAGGAAGUGCACAGGAAGUGACCACCACUGUCUAUCGAGUCGAAAGACAGCAAGCGAAGAAGAGCCCUCGUGACUAAUCCGAAACCGUGUGCGCUCUGCUAAUAGUGUGUUCCGUGUCUCUGCUUCGUUUUAGUGUCAAUGUGAGUGAGCAAAGAUAUAUACUUACUGCCGUCAGUCAGCGCGGAGAGUCUAAGCCAAAGGUGUCCUUCAAGAGUCUCAAGUAGCUCAAGGUAGCUCGCUUUUGAAAAGCAGCAGCAAAGAUUAGUUUCUAAGUAAGGCCACACGGUGAGCCAGGGCACUCCAGGAUGAGUUCCGGGCAGUCCCAGCAGUUCUGUGUUCGGUGGAACAGUCACCUCGGCAGCAUAGGAGCCGCAUUUCCACAGCUAUUGGCUGGCCAACGGUUUGUGGACGUGACGCUCGCCUGCGAGGGCCACCAGGUGCAUUGUCACCGAUUAGUACUGGCAGCAUGUUCCACAUUCUUCGAGAACCUGCUCGGCGAGAACCCGUGCAAGCACCCGAUCAUCAUACUUCCACGGGAGAUCAAACUUUGGGCCAUCCAGGCGCUUGUCGAUUUCAUGUACAAAGGAGAAGUGAACGUAUCUCAGGCCGGUCUACCAGAUCUGAUGAAAUGCGCCGAAAUACUGAAAAUCCGAGGCUUAUGCGGCUCGGAUGCGGCCCUCAAUCUCAACCAAGUCUCCAGCCCUGGUGGUGGAAGUAGUUCGAGUACGUCUGCACCGGGACAAACCCAAGAAUCAUCAUCGAACCAAAGUGGCCAAAGAGGAUGCAGUCCUCAACGCAAUGAACAAGCCAAAGGACAACAAAACAGUGCCCUCAGUGGCACUAAGCCAUCGGGGAACUUCCUGAACAGCCUGAACCUCCAACCUGUGGCCUCAUCAACGCCGGCGAAGGCCUCUAGUCAGCAGAAACUGCACCAACAACAGCAUAACCUUCAGCACAGCGGCGAUGAUGGCGACAGUGAUAACGGCGGUAGUGGGAACGAACUGUGCAUCAAGUCAGAAGAUCUGAUCAUAGAUGAAGACGCUGUUAAACAGGAUGACGAUGACGACGAUGAGAUAGAGAUGGAAGGAAACGACAAAAGCCAAGCGGAGGACGACCAAGUCGUUGAGGAUGAAGAAAUUGAAGGUUUUGUCGAUGAUGUAGUAGACCAAGAACUCCACCCGCUAGGCGGACGAUCACGUCUCAGUAGUAAUAGCAAUAGUAAUACUAAUAAUCAGUUCACUAUCACCAUCACCGACGACAACAGUACUACUAGUAACCCUUGUCCAGCCGAGUCCAAAACGACCCCUACGAACAAAGUAACUUCCUCGCUUCCGCCGUCGUCGUCAUCGUCGCUGCUGUCGAUCCUAACACGUGGCUCGAUUCGGGUGAAAUCGAACGAAAACCUUUUUAAACACUUCAAUCAACAACCAGAUCCAGAAAUUCCGGAAGAGCUUAGACAGAUUGUUAAGUCCGUUAGGUCCGGAAAGCACGGGUACGGGUCGUCCUACAGUGUUGGUGGUGGUGGUGAUGGUGACGAUGGUGGUGGUGGUGGUCGUGGUAGUGGUGAUGGAAGUGGUAUCAAUAGAAUUCAAAGUGUAGAUGGCGGGACUGAUUCCGGGACAACCGGUCUUCCCUCUUCCUUAGUGUUCAACCGCAAUACGAUGGAUAUCUACGUUAAACCAAAGAAAGAUGGCGGUGGCGCUAGCACGACUAGCAAUCCGGACAUCUCGUAUGAAGAAGCAGGAAGCGAAAUAUCCGCCGAUGGAUUCGAGAAUAUCAUCUGUUCGCCAAACUUUCCACAACUAGGUGGCAGCAGCACUAUGGGCAGUUAUCAGGACGAUGACUACGACGAUGAUUUCGACAUUCAAAUCCUGCCGGACGAGAACUCGUUGACGAACGGCGAGAGUGAAGGCGAUGACUUGGUUUAUCCACCUCCUCUGCUGCCGUUCGGGAACUCGGAAACGAGCAUCACCCGCAUACCGGUCGGAAGUAAAAUGCGAACCAACGGUGGAUCUGCGCUCCUUACGCCGAUGAUCCGGCGCAGACGCCAGUCCAGCAGUCGGGGCGGAAGGCUGAUGCUGUCGACGAGUCCGGGGUCUCGAGAUGCCAAGGUCACCAUGACGAAUGGGGUGGUCAUUCCACCGUCGGCGUUUGUCCUCAGGAACCCUCGGGGGAAUCAGCCCCGGUCGUACAACACGGACGCCCUCUGGUCGGCCCUGAUGGACGUCAAGGCGGGAGAGAGUAUAUACAGAGCGUCACAAAUCCACAAAGUUCCUCGCAAAACGCUCCGCAACUGGAUGAAACGGUGGGACAUCAAGUCCGCCUAUCCGAUGCCACGGCAGCUAAAGGAAGCGGCUGAGAAGAAACGUAUCAUCAAGGAACUGACUGAACAAGCGCAGCAAAUCGGUGAAGAACCGAUGCAGUAAUAGAAAGAAAUCCAACCAACCAAUUCAUAUGUACUAGUAAUCUUAAACAGAAACUUAAUUAUACGUUUUUACACAAAACAAAGAAAUGAACCCCAAAUAUGAAACAAAACGGAAAUGAUAGUCAGCUUGAAACAGAAGGCAAAGAUAUGAGAGUAAGAGAGAAAGAGACAAAUUUAUGAUAUACAGAUUUAUAUAUUUUUGAGUUAUAGUUACUAAGUCAGACAUCCCCUACCCUUCCCUUCCCACCAUCCCAAAUUAGAAGCGUAAGGAAACCUUUCCCCAGAGAUGGAACGGAGAGGAUAUGGUUCAAAGUGAAAUCUAGUUCGGUAGCGUUUAGGUUCUUUUAUAAUCGUUUUCCAAAAACAUACAGAAAGCAUGAGUGAAAUGAAAAUCUCCUAAUCCUUAAUUUAGAACUUUUAAUCUGUAUAAUUAUGUUAGCGAAGCACUUUUCAUUACGCAAACCCAUAUGUUGGAGAACGGUCAGAGAUAGUUUGCAUCGCUGUUUGCGAGAAUAAUUUCACAAAAGUAGUAGAAACGUACAUUUACUUCUAGUCAAAUGUUGUAAAAUCACAAACCAUUAGCUUUUUCAUCCCAAGGGCUUUAUAUACGAAUCUAGUUUUAUGAUAAUUGGCAUUACAUUUCGUUGUGUACGAAUAGUCACGCUCGGUUGCAAUGUAGGUACUACAAAUAUAUAUUUUAUCCACUUAGGCCAUAUAUGUAUGAUUAGUCUUUCUCGUACCUUUGAUUUCAACUAACUGUGCACCAAUCAUAUUUUAUACAACCCUUUAAGUAAGUACUUACCUGAAUGUGGAACUGAUCGGGGGCUCGCCGACGGGCUCCCGAUCGAGGGCAGUCUUGUUUGAAAUAACUUAUUUUGUACGGAACCAUUCUAGUGUCGUUUCAUUACCAAAAAUUGUGCAAGUCAAUAAAGUAAUUCGAGUAAAACCAAA